AUGUUCAUUUUCGAGCUUAUUGAUCCUCUCAACCGAUCUUGGAGAGAAGAUGUUUUAAUGAACCGGUUUCAUCCAAAGGACGUGGUAGCAAUCAAGGCUAUCAGGCUCGGUCUCUUUCCCUGCCCGGAUACUCAGGUUUGGGGGGCGACAAGGAAUGGUCUUUUCUCAAUUAAGUCUGCUUACCACUUGAUCUGCAAUCAACAGGACUCGAGGAAGUCAGAGAGGCCAUCCACAUCAGCCCAGGGUAACAGGAGAAUCAUUCCAAAUGAAGUUUGGAGGAGCAUUUGGGCCUGCAAUGUUCAACCCAAAGUCAGGAAUUUCCUAUGGCAUGCUUGCUCUAAUGGUUUGGCAUCGACAGAGGGCCUUACUAGAAGGGGUGUGAAUGUGGACCCUUGCUGCUGCCACUGUGGAGAGCUAGAAACUCCUGAUCAUAUCCUCCUCAAUUGUGUAUUUGCUCGAGCGGUCUGGUUUGCUUCUCGGCUCUCCUUCAGUCCCCCUCAUGUUGAUCCCCAAAUCCAUAAAGCCAUCCAAGGCUGGAGCUCCCUGAUUUCCAAGGACAAAAUCAUCGGAAGAGAGACAUUUGGCCUCGCGGCACAUAUUUGUUGGUCUUUAUGGAAAGCCCGCAAUGAUGCUCUUCUUGGGGGUAAGCAGCUGAGUCGCAUCGACGUGAGCAAGCAAGCUGAAUUCGAGUUUGAGGAAUUCCUCUCCAUCUCUAAAUCCUCCUCCAACCCUCCUCAUGCCAGAUCCGAUCCUUCUUUUAAGCAUCCUUGGAAACCGCCAGCAUCCCAUGGCCUUAAGCUGAAUGUCGAUGCAUCUAUAACAGAUAACAAAGGCGGUCUAGGUUACGUGCUUAGGGACUCCUCGGGGCAGGUUGUGUCUGCUUGUUCUGAGCCUAUCACUAAGUAUUCUGUGAUUCUGAGUGAGGCCCUUACUAUUCGAGCUGGUAUGCAACACUGCAUCUCGAUGGGAAUCAACCACCUGGAGGUUGAGAACGACAAUCAAGAGCUGAUGCGUUGCCUCUCUGACCAGUAUCUCUCUCCUCCCCUGGAGAUCUUCACUAUUGUUCAGGAUAUCAUGGCUCUAUCUUCUUCCUUUUCCUCAUGUAUUUUUCAUAUCAUUCCCAGGGAGAAUAACAGCAUGGCUGACUCCCUGGCCCGGAGAGCAUUGUCCGUUGCGUGCCGGACAUCAUGGCUCAUUUCCACUCCUUGGAUUUCGGAAUUAUGUAAUUCGGAUUCCUUGCGUUGGUCACGCUUUAAUAUAUAG